AUGGUUAUUAACGAGCCUGACUUGCUCAGGGACAUAAUUGUCAAAGACUUUAACAUAUUCCCCGAUCACCGCAAGUUCCAUAUGGGCUCAUCCAAGUUGGGACAGUCGCUGUUUUUUAUGGCCGGGGAUACCGACUGGAAACGGGUGCGCACUAUACUGUCGCCCGCUUUCUCGUCGGGCAAACUCCGGGCGAUGUUGUCUCACAUCGAGUCCAUUGGCGACCGCUUUGUCCACACUUUGGCCCCAUUUGCCAAAAGUGGUGAAACAAUAGAUAUACGCAAAUACGUGGGCGCGUUUGCCAUGGAUGUGAUCAGCGCCUGUGCCUAUGGUAUAAACAUCUCAUCCAUCGAUAAUCAUAAUCACCCGAUGGUUAUGAAUGUGAAGCGAAUACUGGCCACAGAUAUCCGAAUAGGACUCAUGCUGUCGAUCAUAACCCCGGGUUUGGCGCGACUACUAAGGGCUGAGCCCUUUGACCCCAAAGCUCUACAAUAUUUCGAUGAAUUGACGGAACAGAUACUGACUGAACGGAAAAAGUUUAACAAAUACUCAAAAUCAGACUCGGAAAAGUCGGACAAAGACUUGGGAUAUGACUCUAUCAGUGAUGGGGAACCGGAGUCUGAGUCCAAAGAAACGGGAAUAAAACCCAGUAAAAAGUCUGUCGGAAAACUAAGUUACGAUGAGAUGGUAGCCCAAGGGAUACUGUUUUUUAUCGCCGGCUACGAUACCACCAGUGCCUCCUUAACCCACGCUAUAUACUACUUAUCCCAACACCCGGAGUGUCAGCAAAGACUUUAUGAAGAGUUGAAAACAUGCGAUGAGUUUACGUACGAAAAGUUGGUUCACUUGAAGUACUUGAAUGCAGUCAUCAAUGAGACCCUACGUAUGGCCCCACCAUUCCUACGGGUAUUUCGGGACUGCGUUCAGGACUAUACACUUGGAAAUACAGGUAUUAAAAUACCGGCCGGGACUUCAAUCGAGAUCUACCCGUACGCCCUACACCGGGAUCCCAAGUACUGGUCCCAACCCAAUGACUUCAUACCCGACCGGUGGUUUGAACCCAUACACCAUCCCUACGCAUACCUACCUUUUGGUGGCGGACCCCGUAUUUGUAUCGGACAGAGAUUUUCCAUAAAUGAGAUGCAAAUGUGUUUGGCCAAGCUCAUAUUUGCAUAUGAAUUUAGUCUGGCCCCGGGAUUUACUAUUGACUAUUAUAAGGGCACUAUUAUGAUGACACCUAAACAAGUGUUGUGUAACAUUAAGCCUAGAAAUUAA